CUGGUUACACUUUUCAUCCGUCGAUCGGUAGCAUCGAGAUGAAGUUCGUCUUAAUUUUCCUUGGAUCAGUCCUGGUCGUCGGCACACACCAGUAUUUCGAUGACCAGCGUGGGGAAAUACGUUGGGCAUCGCCGUACCAGCCACAUCCCUUCAUCGAAAAAGAUCCACCCUAUCUUGUUUACUUCUCCAUCAAGCCUAACCCACCAGCAAUCUACCCAUUACACGAUUUAUUGCCAGAGAAUCUAGCACAAGAUGCCCGUAUGUUUUAUUCGGGAGACGUGGAGAGUGUAGAGAAACUACUCCAUGACAAUCACAACGUAAUAGCGGAAACGCAGCCAAGAGGGAAGACUUCAUUGGAGGAAGUGAGCCCACGAUUUUUGUUCGGCAUUGAACCAUCCACGUUUACCAAUCCGUUUGGUAAAACGGCUACAUUCACUGUGUCGGCAACUGUCACAGUUAGCAGUUUCGUGAGGUGUAUUGCAGCCGCACAGUUUCAAAAUGUUGCUGCCCAAGGAGUGUUUUGCGCUCGCAAACGACGUUCUCUCGAAUCGCCGGAGACAUCGGAAAGCCAAGCUGAUGCUAUUGCUCCCUCCGUACCCCAACUUUUGGCAACGGCCUCCUUUCCUUCCAUUGGCCUGUUGAAGGAGGGCCGUUCACAAGACGGACGGACCAACCAGCAGACACAACAGAACGUAAUAGUUUCGUCCAAAGAUGAAACCGAGAACGGGCCAGAAUCGACCACGUCGUAUGCAAAUUUGAAAAAUAAACGUUUCAUAUUUUUUCACAACAAAAAUGCAUAUGUAACGUCAACAACGGUGACCUCAUUGAAUUUUAUUACGUCGAUUUCAACGACUACAGCUAACAUCCGUGUCGCUGGUGCACUGCUUUUGUGUGUCCCCAUCGGCUAUCGCGUCUGUUGAUCAACUACUCGUUUAAUUUGAAAUUCAAACCCUUGCUAAUUUGUUCUGCAUUAUUAUUCUAUCAUAUAAUCUUUUCAGUUUAUCACCGGUGUUGGUUAUAUUUGGUUAAAUACAAUUGCAUGAGCCUGUA